GUGUUUCAAUUUUCAGAAUUUUUAAUAAACUCAACAAUACUACAUGGAAAUCAGGAUUAUCUCCGACAUCUUCAUCGUUUUCUUGCUAGCGCUCCUGAGGUUGGGGAGGAUUCUUCCUGGCUUCUUUGCUACCGUGCUUCCUCACAUGGUUGGAGUGAAACAAUCUUCCACCAAAAAUGUGAUCAUAAAAACAAUACUGUCACCAUCAUAAAAAAAGGAUCAUACGUCUUUGGAGGAUACACUGACAUUCCCUGGAGUAAGAUUUGAUAUUAAUGUUUUGUUACCUUUAAAAGGGCUUUAGUGCCACGGGUAUUUCACUGACACCUUAACCUAAAGUUGUUCCUCAUAACCGCAAAAUGAUUCCAAUAAUAGUACUCGCAUUGUAGUUUACAGUAGGCUAAUGCUUUAAUAGAGAUCGAGCGAGAAAUACGAUUGCUCGAACGAGGAAUUAUUUGCCCGAGACAUACGCCUUUUACAUUAUACUUAAGCUCUCUACGUUUCACCAUUGACGACAUUCUAAGUAUAGAUUCAACUGAAAUCCAUUUUUGACAGCUACAUUAUAUUUUCAAUUUUUUUUUUCUCGCAACGGAGCUACAUUAAUUUUAAAACGGCGCCCCGUAUAAAUGCCCGGCCUAAUUCUUAAAGUAGAAAGAUAGAUUUUGCAUUCGAGCCCAAGGGCCCAUCCGAGGUUGGAGCGUUAAAUCCCCUGGUUUCCACUAACAUGAAGCAAUUAGUAGUAUUGCUUCCUCCCCUCUGGAUAAAAUUAUAUUUCAUCGCAAGAAUAUCAUAAAGAAAGGCCCUGGUUGAGUCAUGACUAGUACGAACAAAACUCAGAACGCGAGCUACUAGUCUCCCUUUCCCUCCUCGACCUCUUUUAUCGUCAUGCUUUCGUCAUGUGAUUUAUCAGGGGAGUUAUCAUUGCAUGCCGCUAUUCACACAAUUUUCAUGUUUGCUGAAGCUCACCUGGCACCUAGAGAAGGGACACCCCCUUUUUAAAACAUUGGAUACACCCACGUUCUGUUAAGUAGAAAUAAGCUAAAUUAAUAUCAUGUAAAUAGGAUUGUUCAUGGCUUUGGUACUAAUUAUUGAUAGUUCUUUGUAAUAUCUUGAUCACAAAUAAUUCAUGUUUCGUUCAUAUCAAAUCACCUUCAGACUGAGUAUUAUUGUUAAGGUGAUUGUACACGGGACGAUUUUUAGCGAAACACAGCGUUGCAAUGUUGAAACAAUGUUGUCACUAUUCGAAACAAUGUUGCAACAAUGUUGCAAAGCUGUGUUGCGCUACAAAUCGUCGUUGCGAAUCGUCUCGUGUAACAUCACCUUUAGUGAGACAGCUAACCCACAAAAAAAUGAGAUACAACCCCCCCUUUUUUUUUAAAAAAAAAAAAACUGAUAUUUGCUAUGAAUUUGCCAGGUGCCCCCUUCUGGUUUUAACUCCCUCUCCUGCUAACAUUGUACAGUCCCUUUAAAAGAGCAUUUGCAUCAAGGACGUCGACUUAUAUACGCUGUUAGACUGCAAGCAGUCUCUUUUUCUUCCGGUUUAGUAAGGGGAGUGCACGCGCGUGUGGCCAUUUGCGUGUCUCGCGUUUUGCUCGACGGACUACAGAAAAACGCGAGACUGCUCGUAGUCAAGAGAGGAUAAAAGGGACAGAGAAGGCAUCCUCCAUACACACCCUAUUCCAUAGGUAAUUCGUCUCGAGUUAUUUUUAAGACCACAGAUCCCAAGGGGGAUUAGACAACAGCCAAUCACAUAACGCGAAUGAUUUCAGCGUGGAUGACCCACGCUCAGAGCCACGCGUCCUUCACGAAUUGAGGCAGAAAAAAAUGGCGGUAGACGCGGAGAGCAAUAUUGCUAUUCGUUUUGUCGACGAAAACGACUAAAGAGAGAUUUCUGCUAAAGCUGUGUCAGCGAAACGGAAAUUAAAAAAGAAUCGCCCUUCCUCUCUUGUAUAGAGCUAACAGUACAGCAGGGAAAUCCUUAACACAGUGAAUAUUCUCUCAGGAUCAUUUAUAAUUUACAGUUUCAAGAGAGCAAUUUCUGGUUUGAUAUUUAUUCUUUUCUUAGUCUUUUGUUAUUCAACAAAAAUAACACUUCGCGUCCUAUAAUAAUAAUAAUUUAAUAACUUCUAGAGCGCUACUUACAUUCAGUGAUCAACAGCGCUUAAAACAACUUAAGAAAACUACAAUAAAAUUCAAAUUUGUAAAACUAAUUACAUAAACAUGAAUAUUAUUUGCUACUUGCUUUAUUGUACAAGCGACCGGUUUCUAUAGACUGGCGGAAUUUCUCAUUUUAUUAAAGCACUGAGGUUACGAUAACUUCGAGUUAAACUGAUUUCACGGGUUGUCAAAGAGUCGAGCGAUUCCCUUUUCCCAGGUGAGCGCCGGCUCAUUUCGCUUCAAUAUUCAGAAAUGCUCUCGAUCUCUUUACGCUUUCAUUGCCUUUCGCCCGACAUGUUUUGCAUGGCGUUUAGUCAUGCGAAACCUCCACGAAACAUCCACGCAGCGCGGGAGGUAACUUUAUCCCUAUUCUAAAAAUAACUCGAGACGAAUUACCUAUAGAAUAGGGUGUGUAUGGGGGAUGCCUUCUCUGUCCCCUUUAUCCUCUCUAGUCGUAGUCUAAUACGCUGUUUACUUUAUACUCGUAAUACCCCUGUAGUUGACACUACACUGAGCUGCCCCCGCUCUGCAUGAUGUCGGUCAAUUGUAUUCCUUGUCUUUAUGUGGCUCUUUGAAAUAAACCGAUUACAUUAUAAAUUCAAAAACAGGAAGGGAAUAUACGUCCGUCCCCUCAAAACGGUGAAAAAAUUUAUAAAAUCUAAUCUUGUCUAAGUUUGAUGGAAAAAGUUCAUAGCUUUGAUGAAUCGGCAAUGUCCAAGUGUUAUUGCAUGUAACAAAUGAGAUUGCCAAAUCAGGGGUUUGACAAGUAAAUUCUCAUGACGUUUAAUUAAAAGACCUUUACCUCAAUAGCCUGUUCCAGGCUCUCAGAUAGCGGGGAAGACGCGAAAGAAAAAGGCACACGAAAAGUUGGCGGGGCGAAAAAGAGGAAAAGGAAGGAAGAGAGAGCCUGUAAUCAUUUAUUUUACGACCCCUUUCCGCCCACUUUUGGCACGUUUGAGAAAAUUAGAUUUCGGCUGUCAAACUGUUGAAAUGUCAAUGAGUUGGAAUUUUUCUCGCGAGAUUAUUUCGCUCGCCGGGCGCUUACCCUUAUGCGAGUCAGAACAAUCUGGAGUGCAAAAAGCGGGUCGGUAGGCAACACACGACAAUUACCUUGUGCCAAAAUGCUCCUUGUUCCAGUGAGUAUUUUUUCUUACUUGUAGAUUAUGCUCUGGAGGGGUCUUCAUUUCGACAUUCUCUCCCCAGUUUUUUCCCGUUGUUUUUUGGUGUUUGCGCUUUCUCAAUUCAGCAGACCCGACUAUCUCGGAACCUGGAACAGGCUAUUACCUCAAUGACUCCUUGGGAAGAGAGCAGCCGUAAGGCCACCCACGGAGCGAGAUAAUUUUGUAGUCGAAAUUCGUAUUGCGUGUCGAAUUAGCCUGCAUAACAGGCGCAUUAAGUAGUAUAGGGCGCACCGGUUACUCCGGUUUUUUGGGCAGGAAUUUCAUUAACUUGGGCAGAAAUAAAUUAACGCCAAUGACGUCAUAACCUUUUGUCUUGAUCUCAUGAAUAAAAUGCGCAGGAGUCUCAUUAACUUGGGCAGGAAUCAAUUAACGCCGAUGACGUCAUAACCUUUUGUCUCUAUCUCAUGAGUUAAAUGCGCAGGAAUCUCAUUAAGAUAAGGUCGUGUGCUAUUUUUAGUUUGCUUAGGGUUUCUAGUUACUUUAAGGUCGAUAAACGUCUUCGUUUUCGAUUGGUUACUAAGGAAAUAAGAAACGUUGUCAUUGGUUAAUUCAUAGUGUCUGAGGAGAAAAGUCAAACUUUUUGUGCGACCUAAAAUCACUGAGACGUAACGUAAUUAUGCAAGUCCUAUUUCCUGCAGCUGUGAAUGUCCUAGUUCUGGUUCAUUGAUUUUUGGCGGGCAAAUCGUGCAUAUUAAUGAGGGGAAAGGCAAAAUAGCUCUUUUUUUACACUGCAAACAAUGUUUUACUCACCCCUCUCCUUUUCACAAUUUUGUUAUUUUCCUUCCUCAAUUUUUUUAUUCACAUUUUUCCCUCCUCCUCCUCCUCCUCCUCAUUUUUAUUGUUUUCCCUCCUCCUCCUCCUCCUUCUCCUCCUCCUCCUCCUCCUCCUCCUCCUCAUUUUUAUUGUUUUCCCUCCUCUUCCUCCUCCUCACUUCUAUUGUUUUCCCUCCUCCUCCUUAUUUUGAUUGUUUUGAUAGGGUCGAUGUAGGGUCAAUGUAGGGUCGAUGUGGGGUCGAUGUAGGGUCGAUGUAGGGUCGAUGUAGAGUCGAUGUGGGGUCGAUGUAGGGUCGUAAUUGUUUUCCCUCCUCUUCCUCCUCCUCACUUCUAUUGUUUUCCCUCCUCCUCCUUAUUUUGAUUGUUUUGAUAGGGUCGAUGUAGGGUCAAUGUAGGGUCGAUGUGGGGUCGAUGUAGGGUCGAUGUAGGGUCGAUGUAGAGUCGAUGUGGGGUCGAUGUAGGGUUGUAAUUGUUUUCCCUCCUCUUCCUCCUCCUCACUUCUAUUGUUUUCCCUCCUCCUCCUUAUUUUGAUUGUUUUGAUAGGGUCGAUGUAGGGUCAAUGUAGGGUCGAUGUGGGGUCGAUGUAGGGUCGAUGUAGGGUCGAUGUAGAGUCGAUGUGGGGUCGAUGUAGGGUUGUAAUUGUUUUCCCUCCUCUUCCUCCUCCUCACUUCUAUUGUUUUCCCUCCUCCUCCUUAUUUUGAUUGUUUUGAUAGGGUCGAUGUAGGGUCAAUGUAGGGUCGAUGUGGGGUCGAUGUAGGGUCGAUGUAGGGUCGAUGUAGAGUCGAUGUGGGGUCGAUGUAGGGUUGUUAUUGUUUUCCCUCCUCUUCCUCCUCCUCACUUCUAUUGUUUUCCCUCCUCCUCCUUAUUUUGAUUGUUUUGAUAGGGUCGAUGUAGGGUCAAUGUAGGGUCGAUGUGGGGUCGAUGUAGGGUCGAUGUAGGGUCGAUGUAGAGUCGAUGUGGGGUCGAUGUAGGGUUGUUAUUGUUUUCCCUCCUCUUCCUCCUCCUCACUUCUAUUGUUUUCCCUCCUCCUCCUUAUUUUGAUUGUUUUGAUAGGGUCGAUGUAGGGUCAAUGUAGGGUCGAUGUGGGGUCGAUGUAGGGUCGAUGUAGGGUCGAUGUAGAGUCGAUGUGGGGUCGAUGUAGGGUUGUUAUUGUUUUCCCUCCUUCUCCUCCUCCUCCUCCUCCUCCUCCUCCUCAUUUCUAUUGUUUUCCCUCCUCCUCUUCCUCCUCCUCCUUUCUGUUGUUUUCUCUGGAAAAGGCCAAAGAGGCCAAAAUCAGGCCUAUAAGGACAAACGCAAAUGUGAUGGCCUUGUUUUGGCCUCUUUGGCCUUUCCGAGAGAAAAAAACAGAAAGGAGGAGGAGGAGGAGGUGGCAAAACAAUAGAAAUGUGGCGGAGGAGGAGGAGGAGGAGGAGAAGGAGGGAAAACAAUAACGACCCUACAUCGACCCCACAUCGACCCCACAUCGACCUUACAUCGACCCCACAUCGACCCCACAUCGACCCCACAUCGACCCUACAUCGACCCCACAUCGACCCUACAUUGACCCUACAUCGACCUUAUCAAAACAAUCAAAAUGAGGAGGAGGAUGGAAAACAAUAGAAGUUAGGAGGAGGAAGAGGAGGGAAAACAAUAAAAAUGAGGAGGUGGAGGAGGAGGAGGAGGAGGAGGAGGGAAAACAAUAAAAAUGAGGAGGUGGAGGAGGAGGAGGGAAAACAAUAGAAAUGAGGAGGUGGAGGAGGAGGGAAAAAUGUGAAUAAAAAAAUUGAGGAAGGAAAAUAACAAAAUUGUGAAAAGGAGAGGGGUAGCUAAAACAUUGUUUGCUGUGUAAAAAGAGACCUAUUUCGCCUUUUCCCUCAUUAAUAUGCACGAUUUGCCCGCCAAAAAUCAGUGAACCGGAACAAGGACAUUCACAGUCACAGGAAAUAGGACUUGCAUAAUUUUUUUUUUUUUUAGCUUUUCCCCCGUUCACUCCAUGAACGUCGCGCUCCAAUUGGUUAAUUAAUGACGCGCGUUUUUCUAGCGUGAUUCUGCAUGUUUGUCUGGAAAAAAAUGCCCGUCACGUAGUCACGUUUUUUUGACGAUGCUGGUAGAAAAAGCUCUUCGUUUAGUUCCAAAAUUGUUCCAGAAUUAAAGGAAAAAAAUCUUAAGAUUUAUUGUUUAAGAGGAAUGAUAUUCUUGGAUUGCUUCCAUCUGGGUUUGGAUACGGCCUGAUUUACUAACCUUUUUGAAAUUAGGCGUUGACAGGCCAAACACGACUCACAAGCUCGUGAUCAUGUAAAACGUGGCCUUGGAAUUUGUUGCAACAACAGGUUGGUCUUCCCUCUCGCCGCUGUGUUUGGACAUAAACUAAACUUUGACUGAGCAAACCUUAUUUUUGUCUUACAGUAUUGAAGGUGAUUCAUUCCCUCGUAAUUGUUAUUUCCUGAGGUUUAUGCUGCUGUCGGUGUUUCUGGUAGCCAAAACGGUGACAAUUUUGGAGUAAUGGAUCAACUUUUCAUUCGUCCUUUUAACAUCACCGCUGUCAGUCAAUAUUUGUAGGCGUAGGUGGGCGGAAGAGCCAGAAAAAUGGACUUUAUUUUAGGCGCUUUAUUUUUUCUUCUUACCUCGUCUCGCGCUUCGCGCAAAAUGCCGCGUUUGUAUCGCUUGGCGAAUAAAGUGCCAGUUAUGAAGGCUAGCGUGGAAUGUGCCGGCACAGCGAGGCAGAAACACGACUCAGCUUUAUAUGCAACUCGACCCCACAAUCGAUGACGACACUGCGACUGUCAACCACUGACGUCAUCGACUGUGGCGUCGAGUUGCAUCAAGGUUUCCAAGCAACCAAACCAGCCAAGCAAUACGACUACCACUUGGGUGCAAAGGCCAAAAUGUUCGUUCAUCCUAUGUGAAAAAUGUUUACUGUUGUUUAUUCAUCCUGGGUGAGAAAAGGUUUAAUGUUGGUAAAUCGCGAUCGAUUCUCCUCAUACAAAUACUGUACAACGCCGCAAAGAGACUUAUAUUCUUUAAAUAUGAUGAAUUGAGUAAAAGUACGACUUUUACCUUCAAUACCCUACUUAUUUUGCGAUAAACGUAUUUCAUGUAGUAACAAUAAUCAGAUUAACAAAUAAAAAUGACGUCAUCGUACAAAUAGGGUAUUUUACUGUGUUUGAAAGGAAAAUAACAUGGUAACAAAUAUGUUAAUCAAAAUAUAUAUAUAUAAAAAACAUGAAGUAUAUUUUAUUAUUUGAAAUUCUUAUUUCAUGUCUUUUUUUGUUUUGUUUUGUUAGAAUCCAGUGGUGGCUACGCCGAAAACCCCCAACGCGUUUAUCUUUUCUCUCAGCAGUUCUGCAGGGCUGGCACCGUUUGUGAGCAAAGUGAAGGAAGAUAAUACAAGAAAUGCAAUUGAGAGGGAUAAAUUUUAUGGUCCAAAGUUUGGUGAAGACCUCAUCAUUUAUCUUGACGUCUCGUAUGUCCAGGACUCAAAAGCAGUCUUGGGCGGGUUCUACACUAUUCCAGCUUCAGUGAACAACAAUCCGGCAAACCUGAUGUUGACUGGUGAUCAGAACUUCUCACCUGAUGAGGUGGAGGUGUUUUAUCUUGACCCAUCCAUGCAAUAUAACACGAACUGA